AGUACGAACUAAUAAUGCAUAUCAUUUUGUUUGAAAAUGGCGACCACAACAACAGAUCGUGCAAAUGAAAUUUUGGGAGAUGAGGCUCUUGCUGAGGAAGAACUUCUUGAUGAAUUAGAUAAGGAAGAGAUUCCAGCAUAUAUCCGUGAAGCUCGAAUGGAGGAGCUGAAAAAACAGACUGCAGACCUUCAUCUUAUGAAAGAAAAGCAGCAUGGUCUUUACACAGAGAUCCCAGUGGAGAAGGGAUUUCUAGAUUUAACUACACAAGAAGAGAGGUGUGUCAUCCACUUUUUUCAUGAAGAUUUCAGGAGUUGUGCAAUAAUGGACACACACUUAGAGGCAUUGACAAAGAAGUACUUUGAGACAAAAUUUGCCAAGAUAAAUGUGGAUAAAGCAAAGUAUUUUGUAGAAAAGCUCAAGAUUCGAGUGUUACCUGCAGUGUUGUGUUUCAAAAAUGGAGUUGUUGUAGACAGGAUAGUUGGUUUUGAAGAGCUUGGAGACACAGACAACUUUCCUACCUCAGUGUUAGAAAAACGACUUGGAAAAUCAGGUAUAAUUGAAGUUCCAGAAGUCAGACCUACCAAUAAAACUGUUUUCGGAUUUGAUAAAACGUCAGAAGAUUGUUCAAGCGAUGAAGAUGACUAUUAAAUAUAUCUUACAGAC